AUGGCAGUGGGUUUUGAUGCAGUCCUCGCCCGGAUCAAGGAUGUUUUUAAGAGAAAUGGUUUGCUCAUUCUCUCGGUGUUGUCUGUCACCAUCGGCUGUCUUCUCGGAUUCUUCCUGAGGACCAGACGACUCUCCCAGCAGGAAAUUAGUUAUUUCCAAUUCCCUGGCGAGUUACUGAUGAGGAUGCUGAAAAUGUUGAUUCUCCCACUGGUUGUCUCAAGCUUAAUGUCUGGGCUAGCAGCCCUGGAUGCCAAGACUUCCAGUCGAUUAGGAAUCAUAACUGUCACUUACUACCUGUGGACAACGUUCGUAGCUGUGGUUGUGGGAAUAAUUAUGGUCUCCAUUAUCCACCCUGGUGGAGCAGCACAGAAGGAGAGCACUGAAGAGGGUGGAAAGCCCAUCAUGAGCUCUGCAGAUGCACUGCUUGACUUAAUCCGGAACAUGUUUCCGUCCAAUCUUGUUGAGGCCACAUUUAAGCAGUAUCGCACCAAGAGUAUUCCCAUCAUUAAAUCUAACAAAGCAUCAUCUGAAAGCACCACUCGUCGCAUUAUAAUAUAUGGAGUCCAGGAUGAGAAUGGAUCCAAUGUCCAGAAUUUUGCCUUGGAUAUCACUCCUCCCCCUGAAGUGAUUUACAAGUCAGAACCAGGCGCUAGCGACGGCAUGAAUGUGCUAGGGAUUGUGAUAUUCUCUGCCACAAUGGGUAUAAUGUUGGGAAGGAUGGGGAACAGUGGUGUUCCUUUGGUCAGCUUUUGCCAGUGCUUAAAUGAAUCUGUCAUGAAGAUAGUGGCAGUUGCUGUUUGGUAUUUUCCAUUUGGAAUUGUGUUCCUAAUUGCUGGUAAAAUCUUGGAGAUGGAUGACCCUUCGGCCAUUGGGAAGAAGCUGGGUUUCUACGCCAUCACGGUGGUUUGUGGCCUGGUGGUCCACGGGCUGUUUAUUCUGCCAAUGAUGUACUUCUUUAUCACCAAGAAGAAUCCCAUUGUCUUCAUCAGAGGGAUUCUUCAAGCCUUGCUCAUUGCUCUGGCCACAUCCUCCAG